ACAACAUAGUGAGUAAAGGUAAAUAGCUAUGCACAGUGCGCACCAAACGAGUAGAGCGCUGAUGGGACGUAGUGGUUUCCCAGUGGCUGCUGAAGGGGUGCCAGUAUGGUUAAUGGAGUUUAUUGAUGCUAGACUAAUUAAUGUCUGAUUUAAAGUGAUUCUGGCCUUGCGCGCACGGCUCACUCUGCACCACAGGUAAAGAGCAUUUGAGAGGUCAGGGGAGGGCCGGAGGGUGGGGGUGUCUGCUUUUGUUCUACAGAAAAAGGGGGCCUGUUCUUGGUGCUGCGACCUGCCAUUUUAACCGGGGGUGUGAAUCUGACGCGGGAUAGAUGUGAGAGAACAGAGACGAGUGCGCACCAAGGAGUGAUAGAGCAGACAGUGCAGGCAAACAGUGCACGGACUACGGCUAUUGGACACGGGUCGGACUGGGACUGGGAUACAGUGAUGGAUUGUGGAACACGGAACAGGUCCUGAUCGGACAGUCCUGGGGCUUUUCUGUCGGGAUUUUGAAUUUGUGGGAAGUUUAAUUGCGUCUACAGCGGCUCAGAAGGAGCGCAUGAUGAUGGUCCCUGCGUAUAGUUUUCGGCAUCUGUUGGUGCAUUUCCUGACAUUCUGCUAUUACGCACAGGUAACCAAUCAGUCCCCGCCUAAUUUCACGCAGCACGUGAGUGAGCAGAGCCGGGUGACGGACCGCGUGAGCCGCAGACUCAUUCGCAUGUAUCAGCUCUACAGUCGCACCAGUGGCAAGCAUGUGCAGGUCCUGCCCAACAAGAAGAUCAACGCUAUGGCUGAGGACGGAGACGUUCACGCAAAACUUAUAGUGGAGACUGACACAUUUGGCAGCCGAGUCAGAAUCAAGGGAGCAGAAACGGGCUUCUACAUCUGCAUGAACAAGAAGGGCAAACUCAUUGGCAAGAAAAAUGGCCAGGGUCGUGACUGCAUCUUCACUGAGAUUGUUUUGGAGAACAACUACACAGCGCUGAAGAAUGCAUGCUAUGAAAGCUGGUAUAUGGCAUUCACGCGGAGAGGUCGGCCUCGCAAAGGCUCCCAAACCAGGCAGCACCAACGUGAAGUCCACUUCAUGAAGAGACUCCCCAAAGGGCAUCAGCACCCACAGCCUGUCCACCACCGACCCUUUGACUUCAUCCACUACCCCUUCAACACCAGGACUAAACGCACGCGAUACUCAUUCGAGCACUGACACCAAAGACUAUCUCCCCUCUUCACACAGGCCUUUCUACUGAGGAUCAACUUUUACACUGUAGCUUUUCUACUAAUGCUUUGUCAGAGGUGUAAGUAACACUAAAGAAUUAUAUUUUUGUAUUUUGGACAGAUUUUUGCUCUGAGACCAAAGAUGGACAUGUGCACACUGUUCAGUAGUAUCAGGGACGUGUUGACAGUUGUGCUGCAGCAGACUCAAAGGGCUCUGUGCAGGUUCAUAUUGUUCUCUCAAAGUGCGGCACUUGGUCUCAGUCUAAGGUGCACGCUGCAGCCUUUACUUUUGUAUAACAAACCACUGCUUAGUUACAUCAUUGACCACUGAUGUAUCCACUACAUUGGAGCUAAUGUAGUGCACUCAAAGUAUUCCAUUAUUGUAACUGUUUAAAUGUUUGAAUGAGGACUACAUGUACUGAUAAAGAAGUGAAAACCGAGCACACGGGUGGCAAGCUCAUUAUGAACUAUUUUGGCAGCUAAACAAACCUUACCCCCUUUGUGUGUCACUGUGUGUAUGUUGUUUUAUACAUAUAAAAUAUAUUUUUGAUUUGAAAAGUUGUAAAAUUAUGUAUGAAAUAUUUAUUUAUAAUGUGUAAAAUGUACAAUAGAAAAGUGAAAUUAAAUUCUUGUUUGA